CGAAGACUGAAGUUUAUCGCUCGCGCCGCGGAUAUAGGGGCGCGCUCGAGGAGAUGAUAAGAGCUGCAGCGCUCCCUGCGGCCUCCCUUCUGUACCAUAUAUCUUGUUUUCUUUGCUGUUAUGACUGGAAACCGGACUGAGUCGUCGGGCGAGACGACGCCGCUGCUGGGCUCGCCCGUCGAGUCCCAGGCGAACAAAACUGGCCAUGCUCGACGGCGGAGGCGGCAGGCGAGGCCCCUGCCGAAGCUGCAGAUUGGGCUCUUGCUGCUGAUGCAGCUGGCAGAGCCUAUAACGUCGCAGUGCAUUUUGCCGUUCAUCAACGAGUUGAUCGGCUCCUUGCCCAUCGUCCACGGGGACAAGGGAAAGAUUGGAUACUAUGCCGGUACGAUCCAAUCCUUGUUCUUCGCUACCGAGGCCAUCACUGUCCUCCAGUGGAGCCGCCUCUCAGACCGUAUCGGCCGUAAACCCGUCCUCCUGACUGGACUGUUCGGUCUGUGUAUAUCCAUGAUUGCAUUCGGUCUCUCCAAAACUUUUACCGCGAUCGUCAUCAGUCGAUGCCUCGCCGGAAUGCUCAACGGGAACAUCGGCGUGAUGAAGAGCAUGAUGGGCGACUUGACAGAUUCCAGCAACGUAGCCAGGGCGUUUGCUUGGAUGCCUGUCGUGUGGUCCGUGGGCGUCACCGUUGGUCCGUUCUUAGGAGGAACGCUCUCGCGGCCGGCGGACCGCUUCCCCAAAAUUUUCAAGAGUCCGUUCUGGCAGGAAUACCCGUACUUCCUACCAUGUCUCGCCUCUGCGUCCUUUUCCGCUUUCUGCUUCCUUUUAGCACUUGUCUUGCUAAAAGAGACCAUCCACCCCCGGCGCCCCAAACUCCCGCGGAGCAGCUCCGUCUCAAGCUACGCCUCCACCGACUCGGAAUCCGAUCCCUUCCUCCACAGCCCCGCCUCCGAAUCCGGCACCGCAACCCCCACCUCCACAAAAAAGGAAGAUGAUGAUGAUGCAGACGCGCCCCCGCCAAUGCGCGCACUCCUCGUCUACCCGAUCCUCAUCUCCAUCGCGAACUACUGUGCGCUGUCCCUGCUCGACAUCGCCCUGUGGGCACUCCUCCCGCUCUUCUACGCGACCCCGCUCGAGCUCGGCGGGCUUGCCCUCGGGCCGGCGACGAUCGGGAGCGCGAUGGGCGUCUUUGGGCUCGCGAAUGGGCUGAUCCAGGGGUGUUUCUUCUCGAGAUUGGUGGAUCGGUUCGGCCCGAAGAAGAUAUUCAUGAACGGGAUGGCGAGCUUUGUAGUUAUAUUUGGGAUGUUCCCCGUGAUAAAUGCCGCGGCGCGCGAGGCGGGGGGCGUCACGCCGUGGGUGUGGAUGCUGAUGGUGUGCCAGCUGGUCGUGUGCGUGUUAAUGGACAUGUGCUUCGGCUGCGUGUUCAUCUACAUCAACUCGUCCGCGCCGUCGAAGCGCUCGCUGGGCGCGACGAACGGGAUGGCGCAGACGACCGUGUCCAUCAUCCGCGCGAUCGGGCCGGCGAUGGCGACGUCCCUGUUCGCGGUGACGGUGGAGAAGAAGCUGCUGGGAGGGUACUUGGUGUAUGUGUUCUUUGCGGCGAUGACGUGCAUCUGUUUGGGCAUUGCGAGUCGGUUGCCGGAGGAUGCGUGGGAUGCGGAUGAGGUGGGGGACGAGCAGGGGUCGUGAGGGAGCGUGGAUCAGACAAGUAGAUUGAUUGCUACACACUGGCGUCUCAGAAAAGGGACGAUGGAUCUAUUGGUGAUAUAGUGGGGUUGCUUUAGAUGUAACGCGAGUAACGAUGUGUAAUGCCAAAUACAAACAGGAUCCGUAUGUCUUGACGAUGAGGC